UCUGUGAGAGAGAAUCAAAUAUUAUUUUUAUAGUUUUAUAAAUGGUUUGUUAUUUUUUUUUUUUAAUUUUGUUAUUAACGUAAUUUUUGCUGUUAUUUCUUAUUUCUUAUUUUUUGUUGUUUUAGGUACUAUAACAAUUAAUCACACUAAAAACACUUAUACUGACCUUUGUUAUACUUUUUUAGGUGUGGCUGUUAAUUGACAGAGAAGUAGUUCUGGAAGGAGAGGCUCACUGUAAGUAAGAAAGAUAUAUGUUAGUAUUAGAUGUGGACGGGCGGGUUGGGCUGAGUAGGGUGAGGAAAUGUCUGGCCCAUUUCUGAGCCAUACUGAUCGGCCUUUGGCUUUCAGCCACCGAAUGGGCUAUGACCCAGUUAGAGUUAGCCUUUCCGGCCCACUGAUCGGUGUGGGUUGGUCGGGUUGCUCAACCCACACUAUUUUUUGCCCAGCCCUAGUGUGGGUUUAGUUGUUUCCGUCUAUUUUUACCGUUUUCUGAUAUAUGGGUUUUUCUUUAGUAUGGUUGGUGGAAAAGUUGAGUUUUAUGUGUGAUUUUUGUUCUUUCUUUUUUGCUAUAAAAGAUCAAGACUGGAAAGAAGCUCAUCUAGGCAAUUAAUUACAAAAUUAAACCAUGAUAGAAAUUGACUAGUAUGGCCCUUUUCUUUAUUUGUCGAAACCUCAAAGUUUUGAAAUUUCUCAACGCUACUAACCCGAAGGCCUUCUUCUACACAGGACCAACCUCAAACACUCUUGAAAUAACCACCUCCCAACUGAAGGAAUGCAAGUAUGUGAUCCGGGCCAAGCUUAUUCACCAAAAAAUCCUGGUCCUAGGACUAGCACAUCGUGUCACAGACCUUAUUGGUGCCUACAUAACAUGCAAUGCUCCAUCAUAUGCCAUGGUGCUUCUUGAGCGCCUCGAGCCGUUGCCAUAUUCUUUGUUCUGGUGGAAUGCAUUGAUGAGGCGCGCAAUUCGGUCUGGUUUGCUAAAUGACGUUCUCGUACUGCACCUUCGAAUGCAGAGACUUGGAUGGAGUCCUAACCAUUACACAUUUCCUUUUGUUCUCAAAGCUUGUGGUGAACUUUCCUCAUUUCGGCUAGGCGCUUCGGUUCACGCUGCAGUAUGCUCAAAUGGGUUUAAUGGAAAUGUGUUUGUUUGUAAUGCUGUGAUCACGAUGUAUGGUCGUUGUGGUGCGCUGGGAGAUGCACACAAAAUGUUUGAAGAAGUGUUCAACAGAGGAAUAUGUGAUGUUGUUUCAUGGAACUCAAUUGUGGCUGCUUAUUCCCAGAAUGGUGAGUCAAAGAAUGCAUUGAAUAUGUUUGAUCGAAUGAUGAAGGAUCUUAAUGCACGUCCUAAUGCUUUUAGUCUAGUGAAUAUCCUUCCUGCUUGUGGCUCUAUGGGUUUGUCAAUGUGGGGUAAGGAGGUUCAUGCUUUUGCUGUCCGGAAUGGUUUUAAUGAAGAUUUAUAUGUCAGUAAUGCCAUUGUGGGCAUGUAUGCCAAGUGUGAGAUGAUGGAUGAAGCUAACAAGAUUUUUGAACAAAUGAAGGUUAAGGAUGUUGUAUCGUGGAAUGCUAUGGUUACAGGGUAUUCUCAUGUUGGUAGAUUUGAAGAUGCUAUUGGCCUAUUUGAAAAGAUGAGUAAUGAGAAAAUUGAAUUGAAUGUUGUGACAUGGAGUGCAGUAAUUGCAGGUUUUGCUCAACGGGGUUUAGGUCAUGAAGCGUUGAAUGUAUUUCGACAAAUGCAAGGUUGUGGUUUUGAUCCAAAUGUUGUUACCCUUGUGUCUCUUCUGUCAGGUUGUGCAUCUGCAGGAGCAUUACUUCAAGGAAAAGAGGCUCAUUGUUAUGCCAUAAAAUGUGUUCUAAACCGGGACAGGAAAGAUCAAGAGGAAGAUUUAAUGAUUAUUAAUAGUCUAAUCGACAUGUAUGCUAAAUGCAAUGGUCUCGAAAUAGCACGAAAGAUGUUUGAUUUAAUAGAACCAAAGGAGAAAAAUGUGGUGAGUUGGACAGUCAUCAUUGGUGGGUAUGCUCAACAUGGGGAAGCCAAUGAUGCCCUAAUUAUUUUUUCCCAAAUGCUUGGUCAACUUAACUACCAAAAGCCUAAUGCUUUCACCAUGUCUUGUGCUUUGAUGGCAUGUGCUCAUUUAGGGGCACUAAGAUUCGGUAAACAAAUUCAUGCCUAUGUAAUUCGGAAUGAACAUGAUUCCAUGACACCUUUUGUGUCUAAUUGCCUUAUUGAUAUGUAUUCCAAAUCUGGAGGCAUUGGUGAUGCUCAAGUUGUGUUUAACAAGAUAAAACACAAGAAUUUUGUUUCAUGGACAUCGCUGAUGAGUGGUUAUGGCAUGCAUGGUUAUGGUAAAGAAGCUCUUCACGUGUUUGAUGAUAUGAGAAAAGUAGGUAUGGUGCCUGAUGGUGUUACCUUUGUUGUUCUCCUAUAUGCUUGUAGCCAUUGUGGGUUAAUUGAUGAGGGAAUAAGAUAUUUUAGUGACAUGACCAAGGAUUAUGGUGUUACUCCUGGGGCAGAACACUACGCUUGCAUGGUUGAUCUCUUGGGUCGUGCUGGUCGCAUGUCAGAAGCUUUGAAGCUUAUCAGUCACAUGCCUAUGGAACCUACUCCGAUAGUUUGGUUUUCAUUACUCAGUGGUUGUAGGAUUCAUGGAAACAUUGAGGUUGGGGAAUAUGCUGCAAAUAGGUUGUUAGAGUUGGACUUGCAGAAUGAUGGGUCCUACACUUUGUUAUCAAACAUGUACGCCAAUGCUAAGCGAUGGAAAGAUGUUGCCAGGAUUAGAUAUUUGAUGAAACAUACAGGGGUCAAGAAGAGGCCUGGUUGUAGUUGGGUGCAAGGUAAGGAAGGCACCACAACCUUUUUUGUAGGAGACAGACGACAUCCUCAAUCCCAACAAAUAUAUAAAUUGCUUGCAAGCUUGAUAGAGCGCAUUAGAGCCAUCGGGUAUGUUCCAGAAACCAGUUUUGCACUCCAUGAUGUGGAUGAUGAGGAGAAAGGUGAUCUUCUCUUUGAACAUAGUGAGAAGUUGGCUCUUGCCUAUGCCAUCGUAACGACUCCACCUGGUGCACCUAUUCGUAUCACCAAGAAUAUACGUGUUUGUGGUGAUUGCCACAAUGCCAUGACCUAUAUAUCCAUGGUUAUUGAACAUGAAAUCAUAUUAAGAGAUUCAAGUCGCUUCCAUCAUUUUAAGAAUGGUUCCUGUUCUUGCAGAGGUUAUUGGUGACAAUGUAGUAAGACAUGUUUAACACUGUUGACCUGAGAAAUGUGCUAGAUUAAAUGAGACAGUGGCAACAUUUUGAGGUCAAUGUUAUGUAGGGUUUAGCUCAUGUGAAGGAAAUGUGGCUACAAAGGUUCAAGUUUUUACCUGGCCAUCAGCUUGUCGGAAGAUUGAUACUCGUUAUGUUCUGCAAUGAAGAAAGCUUGGAUAUAUUUUUUUUUCAAAUGGCUAGGUAGCUUUAAAGAUGCAGUACACAUUUCUUAGGGAUUAAAUUUGAUACGGUUAAUCUUUAAAAUUGUUGACCCUAUUUGAAGAGAAAUUUCUAGGCGUUGGCCAUAGUCGUGAACUAAAAACACAUGUUUUGGUUUUGUUAGUUAUCCUAGGGCUUGAAAUUUGAAUAUAUUUGUCAGCUUUGAGGCUUGGAAGUGUUUAGUGUGUGUUUAUUGUUUAUUAUAUAUAUAUAAAUAUUUAUGAGAAAUUAAAUGUUUAAUGCUUUA